CACCGAGAGAGCACAGCGUCAAGACGUCAGCAGCAGGCGUUGCGCGAGAAGUUAUCUCCGGUCGAAGGAGUUUUCGCGUGUAAACUGCGGAAGUUUCUCAUUCCUGAGUUGUUUGGUUCGGUGUUUUUCGGCUUGCGGAUCGUGAUUUUGUUGUCAGGUCAUCGUCAUACGGUAAAGAUGAAGAAUGCUUUAGAGCAACUCAAAACCCACACAACCAUAUCAGCUGAUACAGCUGACUAUCAAAUAAUAAAGGCCUUCAACGUAACAUAUGCUACAACCAAUCCAACUAUAAUAUUCCAAACAGCAACCUUACCACAGUACCAACAGUUACUGAAAAAAGCGGUACAGUAUGGCUCCAAACAUGGCAAAACACUCAUGGAAAAAAUUGAAAACGCAACAGAUAUGGUGCACGUACUUUUUGGCAAGAAUUUAUUAGCAGUGAUUCCAGGUAAGGUCCACAUCCAGAUAGAUACGAGAUUAGCGUUCGAUACCCAGGCGAGUGUGCAGAGAGCUUUGAAGCUCAUACAGCUUUUCGCCAGAGAAAACAUUCCGAAAGACAGAGUCGUGAUCAAACUUCCAUCGACGUGGGAAAGCAUACGAGCUGCAGAGAUCCUGGAACUUGAUCACGAAGUACACUGCAACAUGACGACGAUGUUUUCGCUCGUGCAAGCUGCAGCUUGUGCUGAAGCUUCAGUGUAUUGUGUGGCUCCAUUCGUGGGACGUAUACGCCAGUGGUACACUAAUAAUCAAAAGGAGUUAUCUAUGGAUGACCAUCCUGGAGUCGUGGUAUGGACCGAGAUCUUCAACUACAUGAGAACAUUUUUGUUCAAGACCAAGGUUAUGGGUGCCUAUUUCCUGAACUCAGAAGAAGUAGGAUCAGGUGCAGGUAGUGAAUUCUUGACUAUUCCAGUAGCUUUGCUAGAAGAAUUGGUGAAUAAUGAAAUGCCAGUGGCGAAGAAACUGAGCAAGGUUGCUGCUCUCGAAAUACCAAUGGAAGCCAUGCAAGUCACUGAAGCUAAGUUCAGGUGGUUGAUGAAUGAAGAUGAGAUGGCGACUAGUCUGCUCUCUGAGACUAUCAGAAAGUUUGCUGCGGAUUGUGAAAGGCUUGAAGCUGUCGUCAAGGAUAUGUUACUUGCUUGAUGAAAGUUCGAGGGACAUAGACACAUAUAGUCACUGACUGUAGGAUUAGGAUUAGAAAAUGAAGAGACUCAUAAACUUCAACUGGACCUUCCUGGUAGCAUUGAAAAUGAAACUAUAUGUGGAUUGAUGGUGAAUGUGGCUCAAGAUUUAUCUGUGUGGCACCCUACUAUAUCUGAGGCAUAACAUGGUGGGAAAAAUAUGAUGUAAUCUUGAUGACACACACACAUGGAAUAAUAUAGGGAUAUUCGUUGAAUAUGUGUCAAGAAAACGGAGUCCCUCUUCAAAUAUAGUCUGUUAGUAUGGAAAACGGUGCCUCGAUAAAAUCAGGAACUGCCAGUUUGUGUGUCGUUGGAGAUGCGAAAAUAUGGAAAAGUCAACAGAAACUCUACGGGGACAGACACAUAUUCGAUUCGGCACAAAAACUUCCACUUGGAAUAACGAAUUCUGAUUCAAGUAUUUGUCAGCGUGUUUCCAUCUGUCGAUAUACCAGAUUUAAUGAAAUGUUCGUUAUGUCAAACGAAGGUUUUAUUUAUUCAGAGGAGUAGUUUUCUGUUGGACAUAAUAUGGAAAUGUUAGUUCAAUUGUUCUUGAAUGAAUAAUUCCAUAUCAUUCGUUAUUUCAAAUUCUUAUACAGGGUGUAACUCACGGUCGAUGGUACGUUAGACGUUUAUGGAGAACGGGACAUAGGAUCAUUCUGAAAUUUUGGUUACUGGCGUAGUUGCUCUUGGUCUAUAGAUCUGAAAUAUUUUCAGCUCUGCGGCGUUGCCGCUUCUGUCGAAAAGUAGCAACAACUUUGUUAUUUCAAAUGGAACACCCUGUAUUUUAUUGCAUUUUCAGAUUCUCUCUGAAGAGCUGAUUUUAUCGAUGUAUCACACUUGGGGUCUAGCGAAAAUGAUUACAGAGAUAUAGGGUGUGAAAAAUCGACAUUUUUCAACUUUAGGAAUUUUUUUUUGUCGAAACUAUUCAUUAUUGGUCAAAACGGCUCACAUGUCCCUAUCUCAACUUUUGAUCAACUAUCUACUGACAUUUAAUUGAAACAAAUACAGGGUGGUGCAGAAUUCAGAAUCUUGAUCACCCGUUAUAUGUCCCAAUUAAAUAUCAGUAGAUUGUUAAUCAAAAGUUGAGAUAGGGCUGUUUUGACCAAUAAUGAAUAGUUUCGACAAAAAAAAUUUACGAUUUUUCACACCCUAUAUCUCUGUAAUCAUUUCCGCUAGACCCCAAGUGUGAUACAUCGAUGAAAUCAGCUCUUCAGAGAAAAUCUGAAAAUGCAAUAAAAUACAGGGUGUUCCAUUUGAAAUAACAAAGUUGUUGCUACUUUUCGAUAGAAGCGGCAACGCCGCAGAGCUGAAAAUAUUUUAGAUCGAUAGACCAAGAGCAACUACGUGAGUAACCAAAAUUUCAGAAUGAUCCUAUGUCCCGUUCUCCAUAAACGUCUAACGUACCAUGGACCGUGAGUUACCCUGUAUAUUCCAUAAAUAUUCAUCUUGUGCUUCAUAUUAUUCAUUAUCUUCAUAUUGAUUAUUUGUGGAAUGAAUGAAACGAUUUUUGACCAAGAGGUUAUUUUUGAGGUUCUAUUGCCUUGCCAAUGGAAGUAUUCCCGUAUAACCUCCAGAAGUUUGAAAAAAUAUAUUUCUCCAUUUUUUUUCGACCCAAUAUACAGGUCAAUGAAUACCAUUCUUUUCCUACCAUCUUCACCUACUCAGAAUUUCAAGGUUUUUUUCAGUUCGUUUUUCCCAUUUUCCCCUUCUAAGAUAUCUACGACAAUGAGUAUAGCGGGUUUGGUCAUGAAAACCAGAGGCCGCUCCUGUAUCUUUUGAAUCAUUCGAGAUGAAUUUGGAUGGUUCAUAAAUCAUCAUAUUUUGCAUCCACUGAUAUGAUUAUGCAUUUUGAGUUACUUCCGGUGUCAUCGGAAAGGACCUCAACCUCAACUUCUGAUUUUCAAAUGAGACUCCCUGUAUAUUUUCACAUUUUUGAAUUCUGGAGAGUAUUUUACAUACAGUUGUAUAAUUUUUGGGUGAAAAUUUUCUUAGCGUCAAUUUUUCAUUGGAUUUUUUGGAAUUGCGUCUAAACAUUGUACAUUAUUUUUUAAUAACUAAAUACUACUCGAAAUCAUCUCCACGACAUUUUAAUAUGAUCAAAUCAUGUUUCGGAACUAUGUAGGGUGAUCCACGGUGGAAAAGACAGAACAUUCUGAAAAUUGGGAUGCUUUGAUAAUUGAACAUUCUCUAUCCGUCUAUAAUAUUAUCAUCGAUACAGUGUUGCCAUUUCUAUCAGAAACAACUAGCAACUUCGUUAUUUUAAAUGGAGCACCCUGUAUUUUAUAACAUUUUCAGAUUCUUCCUGAAGAGCUGAUUCCAUCAAUAUUUCACACAUGGGAGUCUGUCAGGAAUGAUUACAGAGAUAUAGGGUGUUCAAAAUCGAGAUAUUUCAAUUUUUUGUGUCGAAACUAUUCAUUAUCUAUCAAAACGGCUCACAUGUCCCUUACUCAACUUUCGACUCACUUUCUACUGACAUCUAAUUGAAACAGAUACUGUAUUUUUUUCAAUUAAAUUCCAGUAGAUAGUGCAUCAAAAGUUGGGAUAGGGACAUGUAAGCCAUUUUGAUCGAUAAUGAAUAGUAAUAGAAAAAAUCCUAAAAUUGAAAAAUCUCGAUUUUGAACACCCUAUAUCUCUGUAAUCAUUCCUGCUAGACCCCAAUUGUGAUACGCUGAUGAAAUCAGCUCUUCAGGAAGAAUCGAAAAAUGUAAUGAAAUACAGGGUGCUCCAUUUGAAAUAACCAAGUUGCUAGUCGUUUCUGAUAGAAGUGGCAGCACUGUAUCGAUGAAAGUAUUUUAGAUGGAUAGAGAAUGUUCAAUUAUUGAAGCAUUCCAAUUUUCAGAAUGUUCUGUCCAGAUACUUCUGAUAGGCCAUCCACCGUGGAUCACCCUGUAUAUGUCCAUCCUCAGCAUAAUCCAAACUUGCUACAUAAAUUGUGUCCUAGAAUGAAUGUGAAUAAGUGCAAGAAAUGGAUUAUUAUAAAUGGAAUGCUUACCUGGGAAUGAAAAAAAAAGAUUGAUUACAUCCUAAUAUUAAUAAGUGUUAAAAAGGGGGAGUUCAUUUUUGCAAAAGCAAAAUGGAACCCAACAAAAGCCAAACCUAGAACAUGUCUAAUAUGGCCAUCUUGUUACGUAGGUAUUCGACACGUCACAUGUCAACAGAAAAGACAAGUGGCAUGAGAGUUCAGACAUCCUGGCAAUGUCUAACAGUAUCAAUAGACGAAACCGUCGAAUACCCAACAAAAGGAAAAGAGCAAAAUUCAGAGGUUAAGAUACAAAU